AUGGACAUACCGAUAACUGAACAGACGGACUUCGUCGUGAAGUCGAUCCCUGACCAGAUCGAGUUUAAAGUAUGGCGACGUGACCUUGAAAAGUCAGAAAUCUUCAGGGAUAUGUUUGCACUCUGCGAUCAGGGAUCUGCGUCCAUUGGGAACUUUGAUGAGCCUGCCCAGGCCCUGAAUACCCUAUUGGAACUACUCCGUCAGCCACCUCCCCCACCUCUGCUCUCCCUCCCUGACUGCGAGUCCGCACAAGAGCGCUGGAUGAAACUACCGUUCUCCCAACGAUACGAGCAUGACUCAGUGAUACCUUUUCCACUUUUACCUGGAAUGAUCCGCUUGGCCGAUAAAUACGGUCUAUCAGACUCGCUCGUUCGUUCAUUGCGUUUGCACUUGGUCGCAAAUGCGUUCUUGCAUCCCCUCAAGGUGUACGGCUUUGCCACAGAAAACGGGCUUGAGGAUGUCGCCGUAGAGGCAAGUACUUAUCUGCUACAUCCGCCGCUUGCAUCCUACAGCAAGGAUGAUAUCUCGGUUAUCCCAACAGUCGCAGCUUACCACGAUCUUGUACAACUUCACGCACACAGGAUAAAGAGGCUGCAGGAGGUUUUACUGUCAGAAGAAAUAUUUCCAUUUGGAUAUGGCUUGUGCACCCUGCAUUCCGACGAAACUGCCCGAUUGUGGAACGACCGGCGAGUGGAGCUUGUUCCGAAGAUAGAGGCAGGUGACGAUAUAGCAGCAGAGAUGCGAACGUUAGUAGAUCAACUUUCAUCCUGUCAAACGUGCAGGAAAGCUUGUAUAGCGGCAACCGAGAUGCUCGAGUAUAAAUGCCGUCGCAUUGCAAGGACCAUAGGAUAUCUUCCAUCGAGUAGACAGGUAACCUGA